GGAAGUGGACCGAAGUGCAUCCAGACCAGAGGCAGGCGGAACACAACUGUGCAACAUGACCUCAUUAACGUGGGGACUGCUCUGUUUCAUUGGCAUCCUGGCACCGGGAACUCUGGGAACUUUCCCACAGUUUGGGUCACGCAACCGGCAGAUCCACUCAAUUAGUCCUUUGAUCCCACGAGUAUCCUCGCAAGUACCUCCAAGGGUCCACCAGCGCUUUGAGGAUAUUAAGUCUAUUGAAGAAAACUCUGAUGAAGAACCAAGUGCAGAAACUUUUCAAGAGGUCCGGCUGAGUGGUACUAUGGCUAAAGGCUUCCAGCAGCGUCAGCAAGGUGCACGACCUGAUGGCAAAAACCACUUAGCCCAGGACAGACGUAUUGCUGACAAUGGAGCUGGUGGCACUAAUUCCAGGUUUAACCGCUAUCAGUCCUCCCAUCAGGAGCCGCCAAAGGGAAGCCAGCCGCCCUCACAGCUGCAGGACAAAGCUGCACCGUUUGAAUCCUGGCAGUCUGCUCGAGAAUUGGGUGGCUCUCUCACAUCCAUCAGAGCCGAAGCAGCAAUAAGAUCUAACUGCAGAAAUCGUCCCAUAGACCUGGUCUUCAUCAUAGACAGCUCCCGCAGUGUGCGCCCCGCUGAAUUUGAAAAGGCUAAGGAGUUCCUUCAAGAUAUGGUGGAAAGCUUGGAGAUUGGCUCAGACGCCACACGAGUGGGCCUUGUCAAUUACGCCAGCACGGUGCAGAUUGAGUUUCUACUCAAGACUUAUUUUUCCAAGUCUUCCCUGAAGCAGGCACUGGCCCGUGUUGAGCCCCUCGCUUCAGGCACCAUGACAGGAAUGGCCAUCAAGACUGCCAUGGAGAAAGCCUUUACAGCGGAGGCAGGGGCCAGAACUAGCUCCAUGAACAUUGCCAAAGUAGCCAUCAUAGUGACAGAUGGGAGGCCCCAGGACAAGGUUGAGGAUGUAUCAGCUGCAGCUCGGGCAUCUGGGAUCGAGAUCUACGCAGUGGGAGUAGACAGAGCUGAUAUGAUGUCCCUACGCCUCAUGGCCAGCCAACCACAUGAUGACCACGUCUUCUAUGUGGAGACCUAUGGCGUCAUAGAGAAGCUCACUUCCAAAUUUAGGGAAACCUUGUGUGGUUUGGAUGCAUGUGCUCAGGGACACAAUUGCCAGCACAUAUGUGUCAACAAUGGCACCACUUACAACUGCAAGUGUCGCAGUGGAUAUGUCUUGAACCCGGACAAGAAAACAUGCACACGUUCAGAUACAUGUGCCCAGGGACAUGACUGCCAACAUAUUUGUAUCAGCACUGAUGACUCGUUUAUCUGCAAGUGCCGAAUGGGAUAUGUGUUGAAUGCAGAUCAGAAAACAUGCUCACGUUCGGAUUUGGAUGCAUGUUCCCAGGGAAAUGACUGCCAGCACAUUUGUGUCAACAAUGGGAACUCCUACAUCUGCAAGUGCCGAGUGGGUUAUGUGUUGAACAUGGAUCAGAAAACAUGCUCACGUUCAGAUGCAUGUGCUCAGGGACAUGACUGCCAGCAUAUAUGUAUCAACAACGCUGACUCAUACAACUGCAAGUGUCGAGUGGGAUAUGUGCUGAAUGCAGACCAGAAAACAUGCUCACAGGAAAUGAGAAGUGAAAUAACUCAAGAUGCCUGCAUGUGUGAAGCUCAGAUUGUGUUCCAGAAAAAAGUACAGUCAACCAUCCAGGAGCUGAGCAGAAAACUUGAUGAACUUUCAGAUAAAGUGAGCCUGAUUGAUGGCCAACAGCAGUAUUAAGGACAUCAAUGAAGAUAUCAGCAGACAUCUUAAGGACUAGCAAUGUAUCCAAUUAUUUUGACCAGGGGAAGACAUUUUAAAAUGUCAAAGAUUUGGUAGA